UUGGGUCUCUACAGCAUGGUAUGCUUCUACUUUACUGUAAGCAGCUCAUUAAGCGGAGGUGGAUCAUUAACCUAAACAAUUUGUAUGAAAGGCCAAGGGUUCAAACUAAUAUAUUGUGUUGUUGCACAAAGGGUUGCGUCUAAUCCCAAUGUAACUACAACUCCUCCCCUAAAGACACAUUUUGCAAGCCAUCAUUCAAUAUUAGCACCCUAUCCUCUGUCGGGUGUUCCCUGCAGCUGCUGUUAAGAAGCUCUGACGUGAUGUUACAAAGGGGAGGAGGUGGAGGAGAAG